UUGUGAUCAUGGCUAGUAAUGUAGUCAGAUUUGAAGAUUUCCUUCCAACAAUGGCUGAUAAGUUGGGAGGAGAAGGAUUGAUUGGAGAGCUUUGUAAUGGGUUUCAGUUGUUGAUGGAUAAGGACAAGGGUCUGAUCACAUUUGAGAGCUUAAAGAGAAGCUCUUCUCUUUUGGGAUUGCAAGAUUUGAGAGAUGAUGAGCUGCUAAGCAUGUUGAGAGAAGGAGACUUGGAUGGUGAUGGUGCUCUUAAUCAGAUGGAGUUUUGUGUUCUUAUGUUCAGAUUGAGUCCUGAACUGAUGAAGUCAUCCAAGAAGUUGUUAGAAGAAGUUAUGGUGAAUGAGUUUGUAGGCUCCAUGUUUUAAGAAAUUUCUCGUAGUGUAUUU